GUUAGUUUGGCAGGGGUGUGGGGAAACUUCGACCCGGACCGGACAAGCUUCCUUGGCCGUUUGAGACAUGCGUAACAAGUUAGCAUUAGCCGUCGAGCGACAUAAUGAAUAGAAAUAGGUAGUAUUAUCAUAGGUAUUUAUUUUUAAAUAUAUUUUUGAAUACCAAUAGGACGAUUCAGCCGAAGGGAAAAAGAGGGGUCUUGCAAGUUCGUGCCUUUGUUGAGUACUAUAUAGCUAUAAUCGAUAUUAACAACAGACACUAAUAGAGAGGCGCAGUGAAUUUGACUGGGGAAAAAAGAAGACAGCUUGGCAUUUUUUGUUUAUAUACGAAUCACAAAGGGACUGUAUUGACCAGUAUGCCAGGCGGGUUGUAGUGCGAGGUGUCGCGAUGCGGUUUAACGAGAAGGAGAUGGUCUUUUUAAGCCGCCAGCACUCAGACCGAGCGGCGGAGCUGGGGAUGAGAGGACCGAAGAAAGGCGACGUGGUGAAGAAGCGACUGGUCAAGUUGGUGGUUAAUUUCCUGUUCUAUUUCCGCACCGAUGAAGAGGAGCCUAUAGGGGCCUUGCUGUUGGAACAGUGUCGGGUGGAGAGAGAAGAUGACCAGACCUUUUCAGUUGCGUUCCUGGACGAGGCGGAGAGAAAGUACCUGUUCGAAUGUGACUCCCAGGAGCAGUGCUCGGAAUGGGUAGAAUCCAUCAUCAAAGCAAGUUACGAGUUCAUGAGGAAGAACCUCAUCUUCUACCGCACGGAAAUCCACCGGCUGACGGGCAAAGAUCCUUUAGAGCAGUAUGGGAUUUCAGACGAGAAGCGCUUCCAGGUCAACUGUGCCCUUCCGCCCAUUUCUAAAGAGACUUAAUUCCAGUCACCCCUACCGAUGUCACUCGAGUGAUUACCUGUUCAUAUGGCGUAAGUGCGCACACACAAAAUCUACUGUACGUUUAGUUUUUUUAAUUUUUUUUUUUUUUUUUGAGUGAAUAGUUUAGUGAAUGCUGUUGUAAUUGAUCACGUCAUUCUUUACCUGUGUGUAGAUAUGUCAUCUACCAGGAGCAUUUCAGUUGGUUGGGUUUAUGAUUCGCAGUACGCCCCAGAGCAACGUUCCUUCACCCCCUUUACUGGUAGACUGGAGAGGCCACUUUCAUCCCACCGGAGUUUUUAAUCGCUUAACGUUCGUUUGAGGUGUUAAUACAAAUCUGAUCUGAAUCUUCCAAAUGUCACAGUCAAACACACGGCCGGCACUGUUUGUAUGAACAGAAACACGCGUGUGAAAUGCGUUCACGCACAAACUUCUGCUGAAUACUGCCCCCUAAAAUAAACUGGAAAUAGAUUUGUAUUAAAGGUGAUUUAAGAUUUAAUUAACUGAUCAAUCAGAUUUUUAAGAGCCUGGAAUAAUUAGGCGUGAUCGAUUCGUUAAGACUGAGCUGGCUUCAUGAAUACUAAAUUAACCCCUUUCAGCUGUCAGGUCUUUAACCGACUCAAACCUCAGCAACUUAUUUGCAACAUAAAAAAAGCACGUACAGAUAAUGAAUUAUCAAAGAGUCGGCCAGUUCAGAUCAGCGAUCAAGUAAAACCAACUGCACCACCUUCAUAACAGGGCUAAGCUGGACAGAUGUGGAAACGCUGGUCAGGUACUUCGCUGGACAUUAUUAGAGAUUUUUUUUUUUUCCAUAUGGAAAAGUCAGCAUCACAUAAGAGGGUAACACAAGUCUUGUCCUUAAUGUUCCAACCAUGCACCAAGGUAACGGUGUGUGUGUGUUCCGUGUGCUGGAUUUGGUUUGGGACGGGUAAAGCCCUCUGAUGAAUCACUUUAAUACCCUGUGCUCUACAGGUCUCCUCAGUCAAGAUGCAUUUCAGCCACAUUCGAGUUUGCAUGCCCUGUUAACAGGGGUACAAUCUCUCUCGUCCCUCCUUUGUAUAGUCCAUAAACUGGUGUCAUUAUUGUUACAUACGUGCAUGAGGGUUUGACAACACCUGGCAACCCUACGGUGACCAGUGAAAUGCAUCCAGACGGUGCUUGAAGUUCACAUGCAAAAUCAUUCCAUUGAAUUUUCUCUUGUCUGUGUGUGUAUGUUAAGGAACUGUUCGGACAACCUUUUGUAUGUCUUUGUGCAGAUUAUCAAAUUUAGUGAAACUGUAUAUUUUUCUGUAAGGUCAUCUGCCACGGCCGAAUAUAUACAAAAAAAGUAUUGCACAAAUGGUUUGGGUAAAUGUCUUUUUCUUUCUUACUUUUUAAACAAAAAAUUAUUUUUUUUUAAGUAAAAGUUCAAAACUCUCACGCAUUGGCAUUUCUGCAAGAAUGUUCCGGUCCGGUGGCCGUCCUCUAAAAUGCAAAUGGUUUUUCUGAGGAGAAAUCUGGCGACACAUAUCCUACACUUACCGCCGAGUCGCCGUGACGUGACUGCAGGGCUCGGCUGAGUACGAUUUUCACGCUCACUCCAGUUCCAGGAGCUGAAAGAGCGAAACCACUUUGACCCCUUUGUGACGGCUGCUCAGAGAGCCGUCUGCUGUACAGAAGUGAAACGCUUGACAUUACAGCUACGCAUUUACAAUGUGACAAUGCUGAAAAUCAAAUCUGUUGGCCUUCUGGUUUUAUUUUUUAUUAAAGAGUUUUAAUGGGA